UCAUAUUCCUCUCCCACUGCCAUCCUCACUCUCUUGCAUUAAAGAAGCCUACACAGUUUUUUUGAAAGCUGAUCAUUCACACAUUCCACGAGAACCUUGCUUCUGAUUGAGCUCCGAUCCAUCACGCUUUUUGAAUUCCUUUGUUCUUCAGAUUCAGAGUGAAAUCGUAUUUGUAUGUUUGUUUUCUGGGAAAGCUGAAGAAGAAAAAAGAUGCCGCAAGAGAGCAACGGUAACUCAUUCUUCACGUCGCCUUCAAAGAGAGGAUUGAAAGCAUUAGUCUCUAACUCUAUCAGUAACGAGGCUUCAUUCGUCGUCACUGAGGAGAUCAUCAACGAUCGGGAAUUAGCUCAGAGGAAAGCAGAGGAAGCAGCUUCAAGGAGGUAUAAAGCAGCAGAAUGGCUACGCGAGAUGGACCAUGUUGCGUCGGCAUCUCUCUCCAAAGAGCCCUCUGAAGAAGAGUUCUGCCUUGCAUUACGGAAUGGCCUCAUUCUCUGCAACGUCCUCAACAAAGUCAACCCCGGGGCUGUUCUCAAGGUGGUGGACAAUGCUACUCUUGCGGUUCAAUCUGCAGAAGGAGCGGCUCAGUCUGCCAUUCAGUAUUUCGAGAAUAUGAGAAAUUUUCUGGAGGCAGUCAAGGAUAUGAAGCUAUUGACGUUUGAAGCAUCGGAUUUAGAAAAGGGAGGUUCAAUGAGUAAAGUUGUGGAUUGCAUUCUGUGUUUGAAAGGAUAUUAUGAAUGGAAGCUAGCUGGUGGAGUUGGGGAAUGGAGGUAUGGAGGAACUGUGAGGAUUAUUUCAUUUCCAAAAGGGUCUUCUUCCUCUAUAACUGGUAGUGAAGGAACUGAUGAAUCCCUGGAUGAGUCUGAGUCAUCACAAUAUGAACAACUACUAGAAUUUCUCCAUCUAUCUAGUGAGAUCUCGAUUGAAGAAACUAGAACUUUCAAUGCAUUGGCAUUCCUAUUUGAUCACUUUGGACUCAGACUCCUUCAAGCUUACGUCAGAGAGACGGAUGGGAUUGAAGAUCUGCCUAUGAAUUCAAUGGUAAUUGAUGCAUUGCUCGCCAAGGUAGUCAAAGAUUUCUCAUCGUUGCUUGUUUCUCAACGCAAUCAGCUUGGUUUUUUCUUGAAGAAAAUAUUGAAAGGUGAUAUUGGUUGCCUAUCAAAAACAGAGUUCAUAGAAGCUAUCUCAUUAUAUCUCAACCAAAGAAGUAGUUUGGCGUCCAAAGAUUUUUCAAAAUUCUGCAUUUGUGGAGGAAAACUUGACCGCACUCGGAAGGAGAGUAAUUAUUCUUUUAACCAUGCUGAAAUAGUUAAUGAGCAACAGAAACAACUUGAGGGGAUGAAAUACCUUUUUGAAGAGACAAAGAUGGAGGUCAAACAAAUUCAAUCAGAGUGGGAGCAAGAAUUGGGCAGGCUUGAUCAUCAUAUUAAGAGCCUAGAAGUGGCAGCCUCUUCCUACCACAAAGUCUUAGAGGAGAAUCGUCAACUCUACAAUCAAGUACAAGACCUGAAAGGAACUAUUAGGGUCUACUGUAGAGUGAGACCCUUCUUACCAGGACAAUCAAAUGUAAAGUCAACAGUAGAUUAUAUAGGAGAAGGUGGAAAUAUCAUGAUUGUUAACCCCCUUAAGCAGGGCAAAGAUGCAAGAAGAGUGUUUCAAUUCAAUAAGGUCUUUGCAACAAAUGUCACACAAGAACAAAUAUAUGCUGACACGCAACCACUGGUCAGGUCUGUUUUAGAUGGUUAUAAUGUAUGCAUCUUUGCAUAUGGACAAACUGGCUCUGGGAAGACCUACACAAUGAGUGGCCCAGAUUUAACGACGGAAGAGACAUGGGGAGUAAAUUAUAGAGCGUUGCGUGACUUAUUCCAGAUAUCAAAGGAAAGGUUGAAUGCUAUAAAAUAUGAUGUUGGCGUACAGAUGAUUGAAAUAUACAAUGAACAAGUGAGAGAUUUAUUAGUUAGUGAUGGCUCUAAUAGAAGAUAUCCUUUUACUACUUCCUUAACAAGGUUUACAUUAGAUAUACGAAACAACUCUCAAUUGAAUGGCCUUAAUGUGCCUGAUGCAUGUUUAGUUCCAGUUAAUUGUACUGAAGAUGUUCUUGAUUUGAUGAGGAUUGGUCAGAAGAAUCGUGCAGUGGGUGCUACCGCUCUAAAUGAGCGAAGCAGCCGUUCUCAUUGCAUUUUGACAAUUCAUGUUCGAGGAAGAGAGCUAGUUUCCAACUCCAUUCUUAAAGGUUGUCUCCAUCUCGUUGAUUUGGCUGGAAGCGAAAGGGUUGACAAAUCUGAGGCUGUUGGAGAAAGACUGAAGGAAGCGCAACAUAUAAAUCGAUCUCUAUCUGCACUGGGAGAUGUUAUAUCUGCCUUGGCACAAAAAAGUCCACAUAUUCCUUACAGGAAUAGCAAGCUCACACAAGUACUACAAGAUUCUUUAGGUGGGCAUGCCAAAACUUUGAUGUUUGUUCAUAUAAAUCCUGAACAAAAUGCUCUUGGGGAGACAAUUAGCACGCUCAAGUUUGCUGAGAGGGUGGCAUCCAUUGAACUUGGCGCUGCCCAGUCUCAUAAGGAAACUGGUGAAAUUAAAGAGCUCAAAGAAGUGAUAUCGAACCUCAAGUUGGCAUUGGAGAGGAAGGAGGCUGAACUGGAGCAAUGGAGAGCUGGGAAUGCUCGAAACAUUGUAGAAUCUCAGAAACCAAGGGCAGUUUCCCCUUUUCGCCUUCCCAAAAUCGGAGUCAAUGCCAGUGUGAAGUCGGAAUCUUGCCAGCGACUGACUGAUGAUAAAAUUUCUGAAGCUAGAAGUUGUUCUUCAGGAAAGCAAAGAAGGUCAAGAUAUCCCUCAUCAUUCAUGGACAAAGAGUCCAUUCCAAGAAUGCCUCAUCUGCCUGAAGAAAAAAUAGCAAACUCAGGGAAAGGAAGAUCACCAUCUCCUCCUAUCAGGAGAUCAAUAUCCACAGAUAGAGGCUCUGUCAUUAAAAGCAAGGUCAGAACUGACACAGCAGAUAACCAGCCAAUAUUGAAACAUCCAUUUCCAGCUCGAGUACCGGUAAACAAAUCUAUUUCCCCAUUGCCUAUGGCCACAAGCACUGACAUUAACUCGAGGGUGAAUAUGAGUUUUCAUGAGCUGGUGAAACAAGAUAACAUUUCUGAAGCUCUCUUCAACCUCCAGAAGGUCAGCUCCAGGAAAGUUCAUCAUGAACAAGAAGAGGAACAAUUUAAACAAGCACUAACUGCAGUAAGACAAGGAGGUAUAAGAAAGAGCAAAGCUGAGGGGAAGGCCAAGGCCAAGCAUCAGCAUCCCCAGCAACUUCCUUUUAGGAUUCAAAAAUCUGAUCUGAUACCUGUGCCGAUCCCUGACAUGGACCUUGCUGAUGAAAAGGCAUUGGAGGCACCUAGAAAGAGUGAUUACUCCGAGCCGGAAAAUGAUCUUGGCUUAAUUGAUUCCCCAGUCCAUGCUGCACUAAACCUUAAGAAGAUACGUCAAAAUUUCCCAAGAAAUUCUCAGAACCUUAAACCCAGAGGAACACUCCAAGCAGGGGAACCUUUAUUGGCUAGCAAGGUUGAGAACAAACUGGUAAAUGGUUCUGGCAGAAAUCUCAAGGAAGGAAGCAAUACAUCCAUGCCUGAAUUUGGAAGAAGCAGAUCAACCCCUCGUGGAAAAUUCCUUUCAUCUUGAGAAUUUCAGGUUUAAAAUGGGACAAUCAAUUUUUUUCCCUUGAUAUUUAUACUUGUAUUUUUUGUACAGUAAUUGCUAAUUAUGCUGGGAGUUUGAGCUCACAUAAUUUAUAGAGGUUUUCAAGAUCUCUGAGGCGAGUCUGUGCGACUUUUUAUCUGUUCUUGUAUUCUCACUCGAGGCCUGAGCAUGCUUCUUUGUGAUUGAAUUGAAAUAUCUUAUAUUUAAAUUUAAAUAUCAAUAUUAAUAUGUCUCUUGAAA